AUGAGCUCCGUGGAGGCUUUUGUUCUGCAGUCCCUCGCUUCUACAGAUGCUGUCGAGUCUGACCAGCUGGCGGAGACGCUGCAAGCCAACCACCAAGACGUUGUGGGUGCCAUCAAGUCGUUGGAGUCGGACGGCUACGUCGUGAGCGAGAUGAAAACGAAGCCAACGUGGAAGCUGACGAAUGAGGCCAUGAAGAUAUGCGAGAGUGGCAGCCCCGAGUUUCUCCUCUGGAAGAUGUUGUCAGGGGGUGCGAUGCCUCAGGAUGACGUUGCGGCGAAGUUGGGAAAGGAAGCCACUGCCGUGGCGCUAGCGAAUGGCAUGAAGGCAAAGAUCUUUGCUUUAACUAAAAACGAAGGCAAAAUGGUCGUUGCGCGCUCCCCAUCCGUCUCCUCUUUUCACGACGGCACACGAGUUUCCCUCACUCAGGCGUUGAAGGGCGAACAUGUCGAUCCGAAAGACGCAGAGGCACUCAAGAAGCGCAAGCUGGCGACACUCGACAACGUGAAGAUCUUUUGUGUAACCAAGGGCCCAAACUAUGCGACAACACGACGGGCAAAGGCUGUGGGGGAUCUUACGAAGGAAAUGCUGCAGGAUGGGUCGUGGAAGACUACCGAGUUCAAGGAUUAUAACAUGGACGCGGCGGGUCGAGAGGUGAGCUGUGGCCAGCUGCACCCGCUGCUGAAGGUGCGCCAGGAGUUCCGCGAGAUAUUUAUGGAGCUUGGUUUUCAAGAGAUGGAAACAGAUCACUGGGUGGAGUCGUCUUUUUGGAACUUUGAUGCUCUCUUUAUCGCACAGAAUCACCCCGCCCGUGAUGUGCAGGACACGUUUUUCGUCUCAAAACCAGCAACCCAUGAGCUGAAUCACCACGAGGUUGUUGACUGCGUGCGCGACAUGCAUGAAAAAAAGUUUAAGUACACCUGGAAAGUGGAGGAGGCACAGCGCAACGUUCUACGCACGCACACAACAUGCUGUUCCGGGUUCUGGCUUCACCAGAUUGCGAAAUCGUCGCCACUGCUGCCGGACGGACGUCGUGAUUUCCGCCCUGGUCGCUACUACAGCAUUGACCGUGUCUUCCGCAACGAGGAGAUGGACCGCACACAUCUUUGCGAGUUUCACCAGAUUGAAGGCUGCGUCAUCGACCGCAACAUCUCUCUGUCGAACAUGAUGCACACAUUUCAGCUUUUUUUUAGCCGCAUUGGUGUAGAGAAGCUACGCUUCAAGCCUGUCUUCAACCCGUACACGGAGCCUUCGAUGGAAAUCUUUGGCUGGCACAAACAGCUGAAGCGGUGGAUUGAGGUAGGCAACAGCGGCCUCUUCCGCCCCGAGAUGCUGGUGCCGCUGGGCUUUGACGAGGAUGUGACGGUGAUGGCGUGGGGACUGUCGCUCGAGCGGCCAACGAUGAUCAAGUACGGCCUGUCAAGCAUCCACGAGCUCUUUGGUCAGAAGGUUGACCUGCGCUUUAUCAAGAGGUCUAAGCUGAUGCGUUUCUAA